GCUCAUAAGAUGCAUGGACUCAUUGCAUAUAUAGUAUUGAUCAUGCAAAGAGAAACAGAUACAUUGGCACUUGCUAGAGUGAUUGGGGAUGUUUUGGAUCCCUUUACAAGGUCUAUUAAUCUAAGAGUUGCUUAUAACAAUAGGGAGAUUAGAAAUGGUUGUGAUUUGAGGCCUUCUAUGGUGAUCAACCAACCUAAAGUUGAAGUUGGAGGGGAUGAUUUUCGAACUUUUUACAUUCUGGUUAUGGUGGAUCCUGAUGCUCCAACUCCAAGCAACCCAUACCACAAGGAGUAUUUGCACUGGUUGGUCACUGAUAUCCCAGCAACCACAGGAGUAACCUUUGGCAAUGAAUUGGUGUCUUAUGAAUGCCCAAGACCUACAAUGGGAAUACAUCGACUUGUUUUUAUUUUAUUUCGUCAAUUACAUCGAGAAAUUGUUUAUGCUCCUCAAAAUCGCCACAAUUUCGAUACAAGGAAUUUUGCACGACUCUAUAAUCUUGGAUCGCCAGUAAAUGCUGUUUAUUACAAUUGUCAGAGAGAAAAUGGUACUGGUGGCCGUCGAAUAUUGUAAUCUUGAUUAGAAAUAUUAUUCUCAGUUAGAGAAUUAUUGGACAUACAACUUUCAACGUUUUUAAGGAGUCCGAGCAACUUGUUAAUUAUCCAAGAAAAAACUAUAAAGUCUUUAGUAGUCAUCAUAACCAAAAGCCAUUUGACUCUAAGAAGAGGACCAUCAGCCAGCGGAUAAGAAAGAUUUGUAUUGAAAUGUACUCAUCGUCUCAUUUAUAUGGUGUAUUUUGAUUCGGUGCAGAUAUUUUAAAGAUUUGUAAUAUAAAAUAAGCUAUCAAUAUUUCUGUAUGU